AAAUGAAAGUCGUGUCCAAAGAAUUGAAUAGAAGAGCCGAUCGGUAGACCAGAAGUGCUGAGAUGUCAUACCGCGGAAGAAGCACUUUCUUCGUCAUUAUUGAACGAUUCAUCGAUUCAUUGAAACCAAAAAACUUGAAAUCAAACGUUAAACUCAUUGGAGACGACUAUUUGGGAAACAAAUACUUUGAAAGCCACGCAAAACAGUUAUUCGACCGAAGAAUAGAACCGAAGCGUUGGUUCGAACCCAAGAGGGAAGACCUUUGGGACCAACCAUUGCCUCCCGAGUGGAAUGCGUGGCUUCGGAUGAGACGAACGGAUCCGCCGACGACUGAAGAGAUUGAAUACAAUCUUAUGGUCGAGAGAAAGAAGAAAGAGAUGAACGAAACGACAAAAGCGCCCAAAACUGACAACAAAUUCAAUAGUUUUCCCACUUAUGAAGAAUACGACGACUUCUCGGGAAUGAAGGACUCGUUGCGAAACAAAGACAAGACUUAAAGACAAAUGACUUUUAUUAAUAGGAAUAAUAGCUCUUUUGGUCCAUUCGUUAGACAUUUUUAGUACAAAUAUUAAGUAAAUAUUGAUUUGAAUGACAAAAAUAAUAAUUAUAUAAAUUAUAAGAAAAAUAUAUAUAAAUAAUUUGUAUUAGAAA